AUGCCUAAAUUCAAAGUCAGCCAGGAGAUCAACCUUCCCGAUAUUCCUUUCCCCUUUCGUUGGAUACCUUCAGAGAAUGCUGCAGAUGACAUCAAACUCGCCGUACAAAAGCGCACUGAGAUGACUGUAGAGCGACUGUGCUGGGUGUUACGGAACGCACCUCGGUCCAACAGUAUAAGAGACUACAUCUCCUCUUUUGACGUGUCAAUGGUUCGUUCAAAUUUAUCAACAAACUUGAAUGGCCAUAACCCAUUAUUUUACGCUGUGGCAUCAAUGCACGUAGACGUCGUCGGUUUGCUAGUGGGCCUUGGAGGGGACAUCAAUGUCGCCCUCCCAUCGAGACCUGGUUUAAGUAUUCCUCUGAUUGCUUUCGCUGCGCUUGAAGGCUGGUGUAGACUUCGUCGCCACCAAGGCACUGAAAUGAUACGAAAACUGUUGGCUCUAGGUGCCGACCACGAGCUGAUACCUCGCGACAUGUGGGAGGACUAUAUUCGCGCGCCAGCAAAGCUCGCUCCUCCAGGGGCCCUACCACCAAAGGCCACUUGGUGCUCUGGAAGAAUUCGAAUCGCCCUCGCCAAGGCUCUCAACCUCACUGAUCGAUAUCUGCUUUUUACAGCGGAGGAAUACAAAAGUCCCAGCAGACUUCAGUCCCAAAUUCUCAGCGACACGCAGUCGAAAAGCCUAUUCGAGCUUCCAUUCUACGUUGUAGCUCAGCGCUAUGCUAUCGAGCGUAUCCAAAAAUCCCUUAUGUCUCACAUUGUCGUGCAAGAUAGGCGACCUUUAGUUUUAAUAUUUGGUGGGCCUUCAGGACAUGGCAAGACAGAGUUAGCACGCCAAAUAAAAGACCUUCUCAAUGUGUCUUUUCACAACGUCAACUGCACAGACAUGAAGUUCAAUAACGAUAUCUUUGGUCCUCAUGCGCCAUAUAAGGGAUACGAAGACGGAUCACCCCUCAACAAUUUCCUGGCGGAUCGGAAUGGCAAUCGAGCUGUUGUGCUGCUUGAUGAGUUUGAGAAAACAAGUCAAGAGGUACAUCACACACUGCUCAGGCCAUUUGACGAAGGUAUAUAUCAAGACCGUAGAAAUGGUGAUAACGUUGGUUGUAAGAACAUGAUCUUCAUCAUGACUACAAAUCUUUUCGACGAUGAGAUUACGGCGUUCUACAACAACCAUCUCGCCAAAAAGUCUCAUACAGAAAGGAAGAAUGUCAAUGGGACCAUCUACAGAGAGUUGCAGUCGCGCCUCCGUCAGAAGAUGCGCCAGAGAUUUGGGGUUCCUCUGGCAGGUCGCAUCCGAGAAAUUGUGCCGUUCUUUCCGUUCUCCCCAACAGAAUUUCCAGUCGUGAGUCACAAGAACAUCCUCAAGCUGAGUGACUCCCUAUACCCUCCGCCAGACAAGGACAAUAAACGAUACUUGGGGAAAAUUCAUAUAGAAGUUGUAGACGAAGAAGCAGUUUGUCAGAAUAUUGUAUAUGACUCACAGGAAGGAGCACGCUCAAUUGAGCGGGACAUUGAGGAUAAGAUCAGAAAUGGUGUCUUAGAUCUUUAUCUGGACAGAGACGACAGCCUGGAAAAUAUUGCUAAGUCCCCACUGAUGAAUAUGGAGGUUACAAUUGAGCCGAAUGAUGGUGAUAGGAAGAUGAUCAUUGUACGCGAUAAUGGCACUAUCUCUGCACCUCGCGAGUUCCCUCUAUCAUUCUAG